AUGAUGUUUCAUGCCGAUGAGAAGCCGUACAGUUGUUCAAUAUGCAAAAAGAAUUUCACUCAGCUCGGGGAUAUGAAAAAACAUAUGAUGAUCCACAACGGUGAAAAGCUGCACAGUUGCCCGAUAUGCAGGAAAAGUUUCACACAUAAACACCAUUUGCAGUCUCACAUGGGAACUCAUGACGUGAAUAGACCAGUCUAUCACUGUACUGUAGCGCAAACGGAUCAAACAGAACCGUUGGAUUUAUCAAUAUCAAAAGUGAAAGUGAAGGGGGAUGGAUUACAAGGCUUAUCAAUGGAAAGAAAGGGUGAAGAAGAAAUUGGAUUGCAAGUGUUGCAAACAAAGCUCUUGGAUUUAUCGGCUCCAAAAGCAAAAAAGGAAGGAAAUAGGGCACAAAGUUUAUCAGUGGAGGGAGUGAGUGAUGAACGAAUAAAACCACUGUUACGGCUCGUUCCAAUCGAAACAGUAGUGAAACUAUCAAGGCAAGAAGGAAGGGCGAGAACGAAGAAGCGUUGUGAUAUAUGUCGAAAGGAAGUAUCAAACAUGAAAGAACAUAUGAUGACUCAUACAGGUGAGAAGCCGUGCAGUUGUCCAAUGUGCAAAAAGAAUUUUACUCAGUUCAGUAAUAUGAAAAAACAUAUGAUGACUCAUACCGGCGAAAAGCCGUACAGUUGCCCGACAUGCAAAAAAAAUUUCACUGACUCCAGUAAUAUGAAAAAACAUAUGAUGACUCAUACCGGUGAGAAGCCGUACAGUUGUUCAAUAUGCAAGAAGAAUUUCGCUCAGUCCGGGGAUAUGAAAAAACAUAUGAUGACUCAUACCGGUGAGAAGCCGUACAGUGUUCAAUAUGCAAGAAGAAUUUCGCUCAGUCCGGGGAUAUGA